CCACUGGUUUCAGCCCUGCAGAUGCUCCUCCACAUCAUCCAUCAUUCCUUUACAAGCAGAGCCCGUCUUGCACCAUCGGUCUUUGAACCUUUGCCCUUUUAAAGGUUGUGGAAAAGCUGAGUGAGCUGUUUUUUUUCCAGGUCAGAGUCAAUGAUCUGAAUCACUUUUAGAUAAAUAGAAAGUUAUGGGUUAUUCACAGUGCAAUGAAAUUGCUUUCAUAAGUUGCUUGUUUGCAGUUUUCUGUCUAAAAAUAUUGGAAGAUAUGAGUCUUAGUGUUUACUGCAUAAAUAUGUGUUAAUUUGGAAACUAUAAAGUGGAAAACAAGCGGCCCAAUGACAAACAUGCGGCGUAUUCUGUACCAGCUGACCAACAGGGCGCAGCAGUGAGCUGCAGCCAAGCACAUUCAUACUGAUGACCUUGUUCAUCUCCAGUCAACUUUAUCCACAUUAUCAGACAGACAACGUGUUUUAAAAGCUGCUGGAUGAAAAACACAGCUACGCGUUGCUGUGAUGUUGCCUGGACUGACUUUGCUUGUCGUUUUCCAAACUUCAGUUUUAUGAUUUCCUCCCACCAUCCUGUAGUCCGUACAGUUCUCUGUCAGAAGUCGCUGAUCUCAUGGGUUGGAGAGGACUGGAUCUUCCUCAUCCUGCUGGGAACCGUCAUGGGCCUGGUCAGCUGGGUCAUGGACUUUUUCAUCGCCUUCUGCCUCAGAGCACAGAAGUGGAUGUUCACCGGCCUCUACGGCAGCGUGUUCCUGCAGUACCUGGCCUGGGUCACCUUCCCUGUGGUCCUCAUCACCUUCUCCGCUGCCUUCACUCAGAUCCUCGCCCCACAGGCUGCUGGUUCAGGCAUUCCAGAGGUAAAGACCAUCAUGAGAGGAGUGGUUCUGAAGGAGUACCUCACCUUUAAAACCUUUGUGACUAAGGUCAUCGCUCUGACCUGCGCUCUGGGAAGCGGCAUGCCUAUGGGCAAAGACGGUCCGUUCGUACACAUCGCCAGCUUGUGUGGCGCUCUCCUCUGCAAGUUCAUGUCGCUGUUUGGAGGAAUGUACGAGAAUGAGUCGAGGAACAUCGAGAUGCUGGCAGCAGCCUGUGCUGUGGGGGUGGGCUGCUGUUUCGCUGCCCCCAUAGGAGGAGUGUUGUUCAGCAUUGAAGUAACAUCCACCUUCUUCGCUGUGAGGAAUUACUGGAGAGGGUUCCUCGCCGCCACCGUCAGCGCCUUCGUCUUUAGACUAAUGUCUGUGUGGAACAGAGAUGAAGGGACCCUCACAGCCCUGUUUAAAACCAGCUUUCGUCUGGACUUUCCCUUUGACCUCCAGGAGCUUCUUGCCUUUGCUGUUGUUGGUAUCGCCAGUGGGUUUGGAGGAGCCUUCUAUGUCUACCUUAACCACCGUGUUGUCAAGUUCAUAAAGAAACAAAAGUCCCUCAAGAGAUUUAUCAUCAGGAAUCGCCUGCUGUUUCCAGCUGUGGUCACCUUAGUCAUUACCACGCUCACGUUUCCCCCUGGCUUCGGACAGUUCAUGGCUGGAAAGUUGACCCAGAAGGAGUCUGUGCUGACGUUUUUUGAUAACCUGACAUGGGCCAAGCAGGGCGACGCCCACCAGGCUCCAUACAUGGGCUAUGCAAAAGCCUGGCUCCACCCACAGGCCAGCGUCUUCGUCACGCUGUCCAUCUUCGUCAUCAUGAAGUUCUGGAUGUCUAUCGUGGCCACGGCCCUCCCCGUGCCCUGUGGAGCCUUCAUGCCAGUAUUUGUCAUCGGGGCAGGGUUCGGUCGUCUGGUUGGAGAGAGCAUGGCAGCCUGGUUUCCAGACGGCAUCAACACAAACGGCACCAUCUACCCCAUCGUGCCAGGAGGCUACGCUGUUGCAGGUGCAGCAGCUCUGUCAGGAGCGGCCACCCACACUGUUUCCACUGCAGUCAUCGUGUUCGAGCUGACGGGACAGAUCUCCCACAUCCUGCCGGUGAUGAUCGCGGUGAUCCUGGCCAACGCCGUGGCCCAGUCCCUGCAGCCCUCCCUGUACGACUCCAUCAUUAAGAUCAAGAAGCUGCCGUACCUCCCGGAGCUGGGCUGGGGAAACCAUGAGAAAUAUAACAUUCGCGUGGAGGACAUCAUGGUGAGGGACGUGCGGUACAUCACUCUGAACUGCUGCUACCGAGACCUGCACAACGUGCUGCUGACAGGAAACCUCAGCACGCUGGCGCUGGUGGAAUCAGCAGCGUCCAUGGUGCUGUUGGGCUCCAUCUCGCACGCUCAGCUCCAGUCGCUGCUUUCCCAGCAACUCAGUCGCACCAGACGGUUGGAGCACAUCAGGCAAAGAAAUGUCGCCUCCAGUCAGUACAGCAACCAGGAGGAGGCGAGUCAGGGCGCCUGCAUCCAGAUCUCCAAUGAGGAAUCGUCCUUCAGUCCUGUACGUCCCAUUUCUCAGGGGAAGAUAUCGCCAGUUGUGGAGCAAGGCAUCGAGAUCCCCACUGGCCCACAUGAUAAUUCAGACUUCACUUUAAAGAACCUAUUCUGCACCAGUCAAGACUCAGACGACCUGGAGGAUGAUGGAGAUGUGAAGGACACCAUGACCAUUAAAGAGAUUGCAGAGUGGGAGGAGAAGCAGCUCAACGAGCAGAUCAACUUCAACAACUGCAGGAUCGACCCUGCGCCGUUCCAGCUGAUGGAGCGCACGUCGCUGCAUAAGACCCACACCAUCUUCUCCCUGCUGGGCCUCGACCACGCCUACGUCACCAGCGUUGGACGCCUCAUUGGUGUGGUUUCCCUCAAAGAGCUAACCAAGGCCAUUGAGGGCUUUGUGCCUGUGAACGGGUUGAAACUGCGUCCGGCUCUGGCCAGUUUCCGAGACAGCGGCCCCACCGGCAGGACCAUCACUGACGGCGAGACCACCGAGCUUCAUUGGCUGGGGGAGCGAAACAGAGAAUAUGUCCCAUCAGAAUCAGACGAGAGGUCACAAUGA